UUUUUAUCUUGCUUGUACGUGCUUUCCUUGGCUUUUAGUUCCUGAGUAUUCGUUACGAGUUACGAGGAGUUGUAAAACAAAAGACGCCUUUUCAUCGAGGGACGCUAAUUACAGCAAAAUGAAAAAUUGUUGGGUGAAUAGUGCUCGACAGUUUCCAUCAUCAGGCUAUGAUGGUGAUAAAUCAAAAGGUAGCUAUGAACAAGGUCAGUUUCGAAACAAUGGUCAAAGAAAUAGAAACACUCAUCAGAAUGCUCAAGAGAAUAGGGAUUCCAGUAGGAAUAGAGACAAGAACAACUCGAACGAAGAGCAGACUACUUUUUAUGUAGAAACUUCUAAAUUAGGCAGAUUGAUUGGGAGAGGAGGAAGUCAAAUCAAAGAAUUACAAGAAGAGAGUAGAACAAAAAUUAAUGUGAAUAAAGAGUGCAUUAGAGGAAGCAAAACCCUUAUUACUGUGGUGGGUUCGAAAGAUGCGCAAUGCCAGGUAAAAUCUAUGAUCGAAGAGUUAUUGGACAUCAAAUUGAUUGAACCAAAUGAAGGUGAAACUGGAAAUGGUGGUUACAGUAAUUCAGGGUAUAAUGAAGGUGAUGAUUCAAACACUGCUAGUGUAACGGGGGAUAUCGAUUGGUCCACAGCAGCUAAAGAUUGCGAAGCCUACCUGGAAAAAAAAUGGGCCGCUUAUCCUGCUGUCAAAAAAAAUUUUUACAUAGAAGAUCCCGAAGUUACCAACAUGACAAAAGAGGAAGUUGAUAAAAUUAGGCAAGAAAAUAACAAUAUUAACGUUGAGUACACCUUUGAAACGGACGACAAAACGGAUGAUGAUAUUCCCAAUCCAGUACAAACCUUUGAACAAGCUUUUAAGAAUUAUCCAGAUAUAAUGAUGGAAAUAAAAAAGCAAGGUUUUGAAAAACCAAGCCCCAUUCAAUGCCAAGCAUGGCCAGUAUUGUUAAGCGGUAAAGACAUGAUUGGUAUUGCUCAAACUGGCACAGGAAAAACCCUGGCAUUCCUUUUACCUGCUUUGAUACACAUUGACAAUCAAGACACUCCUAGAAGUGAAAGAUGCGGUCCUACAGUGCUUGUGAUGGCGCCAACACGUGAAUUAGCUUUACAGAUUCAGAAAGAAGUUAAUAAAUACGACUAUCACGGCAUUAAAGCAGUGUGCCUCUAUGGUGGAGGUAGCAGGAAAGAUCAAGUGAAAAUACUUUCCGGAGGAGUGGAAAUAGUCAUUGCUACACCUGGAAGACUAAAUGAUCUUGUACAAAGUGAAAUCUUGGAUGUAAAGUGUGUAUCUUAUUUAGUUUUGGAUGAAGCUGAUCGUAUGCUGGACAUGGGAUUUGAGCCUCAAAUCAGAAAAACUUUGCUUGACGUUAGACCUGACCGUCAGUCUGUCAUGACUAGCGCCACUUGGCCUCCAGGCGUAAGACGACUUGCUACGUCUUAUAUGAAGAAUCCAGUCACUGUUUGCGUUGGAUCAUUAGACUUGAAAGCUGUUCAUUCGGUUACACAAAAAAUAUUAAUUGUCAAUGAAGAAGAAAAAACUGACAUGCUAAAAGACUUUUUUCAAAACAUGGCUCCAGAUGACAAAGCAAUUAUAUUUUUUGGGAAAAAGGCUAAAGUUGACGAUCUUGGAAGCGAUUUAGCUCUAUCUGGCGUAAAAUGUCAGAGUAUUCAUGGAGGUCGUGAACAAUGUGACAGAGAACAAGCUUUAGAAGACAUUAAAAGUGGUGACGUUCGUAUACUCCUUGCCACUGACGUAGCUAGUAGAGGAAUCGAUAUAGAAGACAUAACGCAUGUUUUUAAUUACGACUUCCCUCGUGACAUUGAAGAGUACGUACACAGAGUUGGAAGAACUGGUAGGGCUGGCCGAACCGGUGAAAGUAUAUCUUUAGUUACUCGCAGAGACUGGUCCUUAGCAAAAGAUCUGAUAAAAAUCUUGGAAGAAGCAGAACAGGAGAUUCCUACAGAACUGUAUGAUAUGGCUGAACGCUACGAAAAAAAGAAAUCUGAAGAUGGUAGAGAUGGAAGAAGAUUUGGAGGUGGUGGUGGAAAUAGAGGAGGUGGAGGCGGCUAUAGAGGAGGCGGUGGUGGAAAUAGAGGAAGGGGACGAGGUGGCAGAGGAUGGUGGUGA